AUGUUUAAACUUAUAAAUAGAAAGAAGGGCGUUUCUCGCUCGCCUGAAGAAUGGCUUAAAUAUGCUAAUGCACGAUUUAAUGAAUAUAAUGUUUUGCAGCCAUGGGAAGACGCUCAGAAGAAUGAAAUGAAUAAGAAAAAACCAAUUGAAAAUGAGGACAAUACAGAAAAGCCGAUUGAGGACAAAUCAAGUUCGAAAAAUGAGAAAGAAAAUAAGUCUGAUCCAAAGUCAUUAGAUCAAGAAGCAACUUGUGCAGAAAAUUCAUCUUCUACAGAUUCCAAUGAUCAUCAGGAUCACAAAAAAGAAAAAUCGUGCGAAGAAAAGCAGGAAAAAUCUUUCCUUACUGGAAUUAAUCGAAACCUGGCUACAUUCAUCUUCAGCAGUUUAUUCAUGUUGUCAGUGAUUACUGAGUAG